UACAUAUCUUCUGUGUUUCUAAUAUAAGUUAAAACAUAUUGUUCAUAUAUGAUGAAGUAAGUGGAAGUAGAUGUUAUGCUUAGAUUGAAGUCUUUUGGGAUAGGUGAGGAUGAUAUUAGCCAUCUCUUCAGUCCAACGAUUUUCAGAACCGAGGUUGGUUAAUAGGAAACUGCUCUGCAAGAAAUGCAUGAGAUUUGUCUCUUUCGAUUAGGAUUUUGUGUGUAUUUUUCUAUGAUAUCUGAGUGCCUUUUCCUUAAUAAACGAUAAGGGGAGAUGAUUGAUCCAAGAGAUCACAUGGGUUUGAUUUGACAAUGAAGCAGGCUUGUGAGGAAACCUUGUUAUUAGUUUCCUAGUGCAGGCAAUUUUUUCUUGGUCCUGAUAAUUCAUUUCGCAGAUUAUAUCUGCUUUCUGUUGUUUGCCUGCUCCCUUGUUCCAUUCUUCCCUAUCUCUCUAAAAUUCUCAACUGGUACACUUGCUCUUUUUAUCUGUAGUUUCUAAAAGAUUAGCUGUAAGAAAUAUUUCUUAACCUUUUCGUAUUCAUCUUGAUCAACUUAAUCUGCUGUAUGAUAAAGCACACAAAGUUUUCUUCUAAAGGGUAGUUGUUCUUGUUCAUGGUUAAUUUGAACUUAUUGCAACAGAGGGAAACAGUAUUCUGAACAUGUCCCUUUUUGAUGUAUUAACCCGAAAAGAAAAUGAGUGGAACUUGCCAUUAGAUCUUGCACUCAGCUUCACGGCAGUAGCAGUUGAGGAUUUCAAUUUGACUUUCUUUUCUGAUUUAACUUUGAACCGAAGUUAAGAGAACCUUAGAUGCAGUAACAUCUUAUAAGUUCAACUUGAUAAAGCAAUUAUCUCGUGAUAACUCAAACACGACCACUUAAAAUUUUUUGGCUUAUUAUUUAAAAUUGUGCUAAUCUGAUAAAACUCCAAAUCUUUUAUGCAGAAUUGACAGGGAAAAUUGUUCAAAAUUUAUUGAGUGAACAAUGCUGCCAGCAAAAUAGGCAGUUCGGCACCCUAUAUCAAAGGGACCGAUGUACUCAAUAUAAACGCAACUUGCUUCUAUUCCAAGGAAGGAAGUUGGCAUGGACGGGCAUCUCGGCCAUGCAAUUGCGUAGUGUGUCAAAUGUUAACCGAGGAGUUGUUUACUGCAAUGCUGCUCCAUCAACUACUGCAGUACCAUCACUUGAAAAAGUAGAUUUUCUGAAACUUCAAAAUGGCAGUGAUAUUCGUGGUGUCGCUGUUGAUGGCGUUGCGGGAGAACCUCUUAGCCUCACGGAGCCAGUGACACAAGCGAUAGCAUCUGCAUUUGCGGCGUGGCUUUUAGAUAAGAAAACGGCUGAUUCAUCUAAGCGCUUCAAAAUUUCUAUCGGUCAUGAUUCUCGGGUUUCUGCACAAAUGCUACAGGAUGCAGCUUCUCGGGGAAUUGCCGGCGCAGGCUUGGAUGUUGUGCAAUACGGAUUGGCAUCCACGCCGGCAAUGUUCAAUAGUACACUGACGAAAAAUGAAGAUUUCCAAUGUCCAGUUGAUGGAGCUAUCAUGAUAACAGCAAGCCAUCUUCCUUAUAACAGAAAUGGGUUUAAAUUCUUUACUAAUGCGGGAGGGCUUGGGAAAGCUGAUAUCAAAGAUAUCCUAGAGCGUGCUGCAAACAUAUACAAUGGGUUUACACCAGAAUCUCUUAAAGAGGCAGAAAGAAAAGCUUCAUCGACUAUCAGUAAAGUUGACUACAUGACCGUUUAUGCAUCUGACCUUGUAGCAGCAGUUCGCGAAGCUUCAGGAAACAUAGAAAAACCAUUGGAAGGAUUUCAUAUAGUUGUGGAUGCUGGGAAUGGAGCUGGUGGCUUUUUUGCUGGAAAGGUGCUGGAACCAUUAGGUGCUAUUACUUCUGGCAGUCAAUUUCUAGAACCAGAUGGUUUAUUUCCCAAUCAUAUCCCUAACCCAGAGGACAAGGCAGCAAUGAAGGCAAUUACCCAAGCUGUGCUUGAUAACAAGGCUGAUUUAGGGAUCAUCUUUGACACGGAUGUUGAUAGAUCUGCUGCUGUGGAUUCCACUGGACGUGAGUUUAAUCGGAAUCGGCUGAUUGCUUUGAUGUCUGCAAUUGUUUUAGAGGAACACCCUGGAACAACUAUCGUCACAGACAGUGUUACUUCGGAUGGGCUUACAACAUUCAUCGAGAACAAACUGGGAGGGAAGCACCAUCGGUUUAAACGAGGGUAUAAAAAUGUCAUUGAUGAAGCGAUUCGUUUGAAUUCUAUUGGCGAGGAGUCACAUUUGGCUAUUGAGACCAGCGGCCAUGGAGCACUCAAGGAGAAUCACUGGCUUGAUGAUGGUGCAUAUGUCAUGGUCAAGCUAUUAAACAAACUUGCAUCAGCUAGAGCUUCGGGACAAACUGGUGGUAGCAAAGUUUUGACCGAUUUGGUAGAGGAACUGCAGGAACCAGCUGUUGCUGUUGAGCUCAGAUUAAAAAUAGAUCAAAAUCAUGCAGAUCUGAAAGGAGGAUCUUUUCGUGACUACGGGGAAGCUGUGCUGAAUUAUUUGGAAAACAAAAGUGAAUCAGAUCCUAAGCUGCAAAAAGCUCCUGUUAAUCAUGAAGGGGUACGAGUUUCUGGCUAUGGUGGAUGGUUCCUUCUGAGACUUUCGCUUCAUGACCCUGUUUUGCCACUCAACAUCGAGGCACCAAGCAAUGAGGAUGCAGUAAAACUGGGACUAGCCGUGCUUUCGGCUGCAAACGAAUUCUCAGCACUCGAUACAUCCGCCUUAACCAAAUUUGUACAAAAGUAACCAGAUUUGAUCUGUAAAAACUUUCUUAAAGAAGAGAGUGAGCAAAGCAUUUAUGGGGAUUUCUGUUGUAAUAAGCAGUUUCAGGUCUCAAAAAACUCUUUUGGCAAAUUGUAAAACAACCAAACAACACUUGAAACUUACGAGAAAGGUGUGGGGAAAAGUUUUGAAGUGAUUCAGAUCAAUGUAAGCAUGCAUUUAGACUAUGUUCAAUUGUUAGUUCAUGGUCAAAAAUUAGUUGGUUAACAAGCUAGUUAUUAACUGAUAAGCUC